AUGGCUCAGUCUCGUCGUAUACGUAUUCUAAAUAAUCGAAAACAAGAACAUGAAAUUCAUGUAAUCGAUAAUCCAUUUGAAAAAUAUGAUAAUAAAGAAUCUUUUAAAACAUCUGAUGGAUCAAGUCCUCUUCGAAAAGAAAGUAUUAUUUUAACUAAAGAUGACUAUCAAGCACCAUUAACAGCACAUUCUCUUCGACCAAAUUCACGUUGGUUAAUUGUACGUCAAAAUUUACAUCGUAUACGUUUUAUGGGUUUUAAUAACCUUGAAAAAGAAGGUCGAUUACCAGAUUUAUAUUUAGGUUUUCAAAUGAUACGAGAAUUAAAACGUGCACAAGAUGAAAUAAAAAAUGUUGAUAAAGAAAAAGGUUUUCAUAUAAUUAAAGAAUUUUCAUUAUCUAAUGAUAGUGGAAGAAGAAAAACAUUUGAUAUAAGUCAUGUUAGUCCUAAUGAUGCACUUAUUUAUGAUCGUCUUGGUGAAGAACCAUUAUUAUUACAAAAUUUAUUUUAUUAUUUUAGUAAACAAGAAGUACAACAAGGAACACCUUUUUGGGAAUUUUUAAGUGAAGUUAAUGAAGUUUUAAAUUUAAAACGUAAACGUACUGUUUUAGUACAAAGAUUAAGAAGAUUAGCUUUGUCAUUAGCUAUUAUAUUUUAUAGUAUUAUUGGUUUGAUGUUUUCUUUAAUGCUUAUUAGUGUAAUAGCAACAGCAAUAAAAUUAGAUGAUCCUGAAGUUGAAUGGAUGAAUAAUAAAAUUGAAGGAUAUAAAAACAAUCUUUUAUUAUUAUGA